AUGGCAUCUGAUACCAGCGAAUGCCCAGGGAAAAGUGUCCAAUACCGAGUUGACCAUCUUCUGAGCGCAGUUGAAAACGAAUUACAGGCGGGGAGCGAGAAGGGAGACCCCACGGAAAGAGAGCUCAAAGUCAGUUUGGACGAGAAGGAACUGUGGCAGAAAUUUAAGGAACUCACCAAUGAGAUGAUUGUAACCAAGAACGGCAGGCGAAUGUUUCCAGUACUGAAGGUGAACGUAUCGGGGCUCGACCCAAACGCCAUGUACUCGUUCCUGUUGGAUUUCGUGGCAGCAGACAAUCACAGGUGGAAAUACGUGAACGGAGAGUGGGUCCCCGGAGGAAAACCAGAACCACAGGCCCCCAGCUGCGUGUACAUCCAUCCAGACUCGCCAAAUUUCGGAGCGCACUGGAUGAAAGCUUCCGUCUCCUUCAGUAAAGUAAAAUUAACCAACAAGCUCAACGGUGACGGACAGAUCAUGCUGAACUCUCUACAUAAGUAUGAGCCCCGUAUCCACAUCGUGCGCGUGGGCGGCCCGCAGCGGAUGAUCACGAGCCACUCUUUCCCUGAGACGCAGUUCAUCGCAGUCACCGCGUACCAGAACGAAGAGAUCACGGCACUCAAGAUAAAAUAUAACCCUUUUGCCAAAGCUUUUUUGGACGCUAAGGAAAGAAUUGAUCAUAAGGACAUUAUGGAUGAUCUUGGGGACAACCAACAAUCUGGAUAUUCCCAAUUAGGUGGUUGGUUCAUUCCGAGUACGGGGUCUCUCUGUCCUCCAGGGAACCCUCACCCCCAGUUUGGGGGAUCCCUGUCCUUGUCCUCCUCCUCGCAUGGCUGUGACCGCUACUCCACCCUGAGGAACACCCGCUCUGCACCAUACCCCAGCCCCUACACCCACAGAAACCCAUCACCGACCAGUUACACGGACAACUCAUCAGCUUGCCUGUCCAUGCUGCCGUCCCAUGAGAACUGGUCCAGUCUGCAGAUGCCCACCCACUCCAGCAUGCUGCCCAUGGGCCACAGCACCAGCUCCAGCACCACCCCAAGUCAGUACCCCAGCCUGUGGUCAAUGGGUAACUCCUCCAUCACCCCAGUGUCCCAGUCUGCUGGGAUGCCCACCGCCCUGAGCUCUCCUUUCCUCCGAGGCUCCACCAGCCACUACCCAGGCCUGUCCCAUCCCACCUCCGUGCCCCCCUCUGGCUCCCCGCUGUACGACAGCACCAUCCCCACGGACUUACACGACAUGUCCCAGUACGACGUCUCGCCCCACGCCCGCCUAGCCACCGCCUGGACCCCCAUCACUCCCCCCUCCUUGUAG